GAUUUACCAACUACCUCAGCUAUUUUUGUAUUUUCAGUGUUAGGCUUUCAGUAAACUCUGUUGACAAGCCGCUUAAUGGAAUAAACAAAUUACAACUGUUAGCAUGAAGCCCGAAUCUAACGCAAAUUCAGAAACGAUGAAUUACGAAGGCAUGGAUGAAAAAACAGCUUUGUUGAUGGGUAUUCACCCUGGCAGGAGGCCAAUUAACAUUGAAAAUGAUGUGAGCUCUCUUGGGCAGAAGAAAAGGGUUUCUAACAUCCUUACAAGCCCAUAUUUCAAGGAAGAAUUGGAAAGUGCUGUGACUGAUUUACUCAGGUCAGGAAACGGUGGUGGUCAUGUCAUUGCCAAGGAGAUUGCCAACUUUUUCUCUCCUGCUGGCCGUGUGGGACAAGCAUCAGGAAUUGGCUGUGUCUCUCCAAUCAAUGAUCUCACUGGAGCUGACUCUUCACUGUAUGACAAGGGUGAAAAGCUGCUCCGAUGCAAACUCUCAGUAGUCUACAGACUUGUUGAUUUGUAUGGUUGGUCCCAAACCAUCUUUAACCAUAUCACUCUUCGCACUGGUUCUGAGCAAGAGCAUUUUUUGAUCAACCCAUUUGGCCUGCUAUAUCAUGAAGUAUCCGCAUCAAAACUUCUGAAGGUCAACAUGCAAGGAGAUGUUCUGGACCAAGGCAGUACAACACUGGGGUUCAAUCAGGCUGGAUAUACAUUACACUCAGCAAUCCAUGCCGCGCGCCCAGACAUACACUGCGUCAUACAUGUCCACACCAGUGACAUAGUGGCGAUAUCUGCCAUGGAGUGCGGGCUCCUGCCUCUAUCACAAGAAGCAAUGGUAAUUGGUGAGGUCUCUUAUCACAACUACCAGGGCAUUCUUGUUGAUAACAAGGAAAAGAAAAGCAUUCAGAAGCAUCUUGGCCCCAACAAUAAGGUUAUGUUCCUACGUAACCAUGGUCUGGUUGCUUGUGGGGAGUCUGUAGAAGAAGCUUUCUUUUAUCUCAACAAUGCAAUGCUGGCUUGCAGUACUCAGAUCAAGGCCAUGUCAUGCAUGAGACCGGAAAAAUUGAUCCUGUUAGAUCGCGCUGCUUUAAAAGCAAGAACAGCAGACAUGGUGCAUAAGGACAUCACUGGAGGAGUGAACGUAGAGAAACCAUGGACGGCCCGGAGAAUGUUUGAAGGACUUGUGAGGAUGCUGGAUGACAUGGGUUAUCGUUCUGGUUACCAAUAUCGCAACCCAGUGAUCUACCAACCAAAACAACGAGUUAAAUAUGAUGUGGAACUACCAGCUUAUGGGCAGCAACCAAUACUUCCAGAGGAUAUUGAAGUUGAAGAUGCUCGUGGAUCGUUACGAAGAACUGGGGAGGGGUCACGAUGGGUCAACUCACCCAACCAAUAUACACGGGUGACAGAAAAACCUGACGAGGACAUGUCUGCUACUUCUUCACAAAAUGGGGAUGUUAGUCCAAGAACUAAAACAAAGUGGAAGCGCAAGGAGGAAGCUGCACCAAGUACAUCCGUAAAGAUAAAUAAUCCAAACCAGUUUGUACCAACCAAUACCAACCCACGUGAUGUUCUUAAUGUUCGCAAAAGUAUUCGUGGACAAAGUAGGAAGGAGGUGAACAAACCAGGCCCACAAUCUCAGUUGCUACAUAGUGUUUCUCCAGAGCGUAGUGCUGUGCUAAAAACUGAUUCCUACCUUUCCUGUGCUUUUGACGACGUCGCCGGCAUUUUACUUAAUCCUUUAUCCGAUAAUUGUGAGGGCGAGGGGGACAAAGUAAUGACAUCCAGCAAAGGCAUCAUACAACGUGGUGAAGAUGUCGUCCUUGUUGCUCCUGCAGGUCCUCCCAACCCAUUCAAUGAAAUAACGUCCGAGGAUCUGCAGAAAUAUCAACAGGAAGUUUCGAAAGGCAAAGAUCCAGUUGAGGAAGAAGCAGCCUCACCUGAACUGGUGGUUGAAGCCCAAGCUCCUGUACAAGAUGCACCAAUAGAGGUGAAAAUAACACCAGAGGAAUCAGCCAAAGAAGAAGAAGUGAUUGUCCUCCCGACAAAGGAGGUUGUUGCUCUUGUGGUUGAAGAAACAGACUCCAGAGGUUCCACCCCAAGUGAGCUUGUUGCCCCUUCACCGUCUAUAAGUCAGACCCCUUCCCCUGUUCCCCCUGUGCCUGAAGACCCUCUCGUAGUCCGUACUAGUUUAGGAAGUUCCCCUUCACCCAACCAGUCUGCUAUAAGGUCAGAUGAAGAUGUGGUUUACCGGAAUAACGACUCCCCCAGUCGUGGUUCGCACAAGAAAGGAGAGAAGAAGAAAAAGAGAAGCUCUCUCAGUUUUUUGAAGAAAAAAAAGCAAAAAGAGUAGGAGAGAAGUAAGGAAAAAAAGGCGAAUCUCUACUUCUGGUUUGAUUUUUAUUGCGAAACUGUUUCCUGAUCAUCAGCGUUGAAUUUAUUCUGGUUGAAUUUAGUUAGACUGAAAUACCAACAUUGUUUUGCAUUGUCAUAUAAUGUAAUUUUGCUUUGCACUGGUGCUGAGUGCUUGUUGAGUUCAUGAUUUUUCGCAGCAACAAAUGUCGUUGAGCUGUUUAGUAAUUUUUUAAUACGAACUAAUGCAAGCGUCCACUUUUAUAAACGCGUUUUCAGUUUCCCAAUGUCAUACACACAUGUACAAAUUCUGAUACUUAAUUUUUGCUCUCUGUAAAUAAUUAGUGCUUUUUCUACCUAAUUCAAAAAAACAGCAUUAUGGGUUGGGUUACUGAAUUUGAUUGUCGUGAUUUUUUAUCUGAUCUUCCGUUAUUCAUGUAAAGUCUCUCACGCUUGGUGCCGCUACUGAUUCAUAUAUUAAUUCUGUAUGUCGUGUUUGUAUGUUUACUGUGUAUUGUCAGAGAAGGUUUGAGAAAAAUGAACUAGGUUUUAUGUGUUUUUGGUAACUAAACAUGAGUUUUAAUUUUUUUUAAAACGAAUUUUUAAUGUAAAAAUUUUCAUAAAAAUUGUACAAAAUUUUGAGUAAUUAUUUUAAGCAUUUUAUUUUGUAAAUCACCGGUUUUUAAGUUUGCAAAGUUUCAGUUCACAUUUUUUCACCGAACGACGUGUUUUAAAUAAUGUUUAUAAGAGCCAAUAUGCUGUGAAAAGACCAUGGAAUACUGCUAGUGCAUCUGUGCAAAUGCUUAACAUGUAGUCCCAAUUAACAUUAGGCAUCACUGUCAUGUAGUUUUGAUCCUCUGGACAGUGAAAGUCCCACUACAAGCCACGAGCAACACAGCCUUUAUUUUUCCGUGUCCCAAUGUCGACUCCAUUAUUUUCUUCAAUGCAUGUUCCCCUUUGUGUUUCAAUCCAAUCUUCAUAUUUCAACAUAUGUCAGGUUUUAAGAAACUAACCCCAGUCCACAAUUAACAACAUUUCUUUUCAGCUUGUAUGUAAAUUCUGCACUUUAUUUACGCUUACGUACUCCCAAAAAGCUUUCUAGUGCUUUGUAUUUUUUCCCACCUGCUUUGUACAUAAAGCUGCCAUGUAAUAAUUCUUUAACCACCACACAAAUUUUCUAUCAGCGCAUAAAGUUUAGAACUGGUGAUGAUAAAACUCCAGCAUCAACAAUGAAAUUUGUUUUGCUAAGUUUAAAAACUGUGUAGUAAGUUUUGUCUACACCAAUGGAGUGUUGUUGUCAUGUUAUAAAUUCGGCAUCAUUUUCAUGGAUUAAAGCUGCUUUAACAACCGGA